AUGGCCGACAAAGCAGCGAGUGUGACGGAGAAAGCCGCGACGGAAGACCUGACGCCGUCGUCGACGAUCCUCGACGGCAUGCGCGUGUACUACGUCAUUGGCGCCGUGGGGUGGCUGGCCUUUGAACUCGGCCGCGCGAGGCUCUACCGCGCGUACUACUGCCGCGAGAACAAAGCCGAGACGACGAACGAGACCGUGACGCGGUGCCACGACGCGACGGUCUUUGGGUGGCUGCGGCUGCUCUUUUGUACCCGCGACGACGCCAUUUUGGCCCACUGCGGCAUGGACACGCUCUUUUUCUUUCGCUUCUUGCGCUUCUGCGAGAAAGUCACAGCGGUGGGCAUUGUGUGCUCGGCCGCGAAUUUCCCCAUCUACUACUACGCCAAGCGCGACUCGCUGGACGCGCUGUAUAUGAUGACGCUCUCCCACUUGGAGACGGACGAGACGUGGCGCUUUGGGUCCACCGUAGCCACUAUGUACUUGGUCUCACUUGCGGCCUGUUUUCUGCUCUGGCAAGAGUACGAAGAGUACAUUCGACGCCGGCACGAGUUCAUGUCGCGGAAACACACGCAGCAGUACACUGUCGUGCUGAAUGGAUUGCCGCCGAACCUGUGCACGCAACAGACGCUUGGCACGUACCUCGAGCUGCUAUUCCCCAAGUCCGUGUUGCACGUCUACGUGGCUCUCGAGUGCCACAAUCUGGAGAAACUUGUUGCAGAGCGCGUGAAAGUGUGCGCGAAGCUGGAACAUGUGCUGGCGCAAAGUGCGAAAACCGGAGACCGCGUGCUGACAAGUGUAAAGACAAAUAUACUGCAAAGAGGAGAGCAGGUCGAUGCAGUGGAGCUGUACCAAGAGCAGCUGAAGCAACUGAACGAUGCCGUGGAGAAGGAGAUGAACUCGAUCUUGCGAAGCCAAGCAGUUGUAACUCGACAUCUUGUGGAGUCGAGCACGGACGACGACGGACGUGGUUUUAAUCCGAACGUCGACUCGUCGAGUUACCUCAAUUGUUCGUUCAAGGAAGACGACUUGGACGCCGAUGCAGUGGAAUCGUUGUACAUCAAAGGACUCAAGCGACAGGAUAAGAAGGGACUUGGGAUCAUGCGACCGGCAGGGUUUGUCACUUUUCGGAGUCUCAAGGCAGCUCAGUCGUGCACUCAGAUCCUGCAAAGUGCCGACCCUACAAAGAUGCACGUAGAGCCUGCUGAUCAUGCGGACGACGUGGUGUGGCCGAACAUUGGGCUGUCCAAGAACAUCAAGGACACGUGGUUCAUGAUCUCGAUGGGUGUUAGUACUGCUAUCAUUUUGCUUUGGACAGUACCUACAGGUAUCGUGGUGUCGUUUGCCAAAGUCGACUCGCUCGAGAACCAGUGGUCUUGGCUCGCGCGGGUGGUUCGAGACUAUCCGUGGGUCAAGUCGUUGCUGGAGCAGAUUUCUCCGCUGAUGCUAUCCAUCAUGACAGCUCUGGCCCCGAUCAUUUUUGGAUUUCUGUCGAAGCGUGAAGGCCAUGCUUUUGCCACUCAGGUGGAUGCCUCGCUGCUCAACAAGUUGGUGAUCUACCAGAUUUACGUGACGUUCUUGCUGCCCAUUAUUGGUGGUGUCGUCAUUGACGCUGUCAUUGGAUCGGGUGACUCGGAUCUUACGGACGUGAGUGCGAUUCUCACCAUCAUCAGCGACUCGGUUGCAGUCCAGUCGUCUUUCUUCAUCACGUAUCUUCUAGUCAAGACCGGGCUCAAUUUGACAUUGGUGCUGCUACGUGUGGUUCCCAUCAUCAAGGCUGCUAUCUAUGAAGUCUUUGCCCCCAAGCUCACACCACGCGAACGCUCGUCCGCAUGGCUCGGUCUCAAUUCGCUGGCGCACCCUGGGAAUUUCGGCGCGUCGGACCAGGUGUCCGAGUACUUUCUGGUGCUGAUGCUCGUGCUGGUGUUCUGCGCCAUUGCGCCCAUUCUCAACUACUUUGCGAUGGCUUACUUGCUGCUGUCGGACCUCGUGUACCGAUGGGCAGCCAUGUGUGUGCACGACCCGUCCACGAAUACGUCGGGCACGUUCUUCCCGUCGCUGUACCGAUUCAUCGUCGGUGCCCUCAUGUUCGCUCAGAUCAUCAUGGCAUCGGUGCUGGCUACGAAACAAGUGGCGCUAGCAGCGUCGUUCUCGAUCGCGUUACCGUUCCUUACGUUGGCGUUCCACCUGUUCGUGUCGUCGCGCUAUCCAGCCAUCGCUCGGAACCUUCCGCUCGACCACGCCGUGAUGAUCGACUCGCGUCGUUCGCGUCAAAUGAACGACUUGGAGCAAGUGCUGGAGGAUAUGUACAAGCAGCCGGCAAUGCUCGAGCGCGGCCCAUUGGAGCCAGACUACCAGGGACUAUGCAGCGACCCUAACGCGGAAAACCAACUCGCGUCACCGCCGCCUGUCGGGUUUCGGUCUCAAGACAAGCAGGCGUACCUGCCGAAAUACACUCAAGGAGGCAGCCACCCGCGUUUCAUCGGGAACAUCCCGGGGGCCGACAAGCAGGAGCAGCGCCACCACAAUUCGACUGGCGGUCUCGUAUAA